AUGACGAGCAGCCCCACACUUCAGAACCAAGUCGGUGAAGGGUGGUUGUGUUUCAUCGGCCAGUCCCCCUGUGUAGUGCAGCAUAUCUGGCCCGCCCGGCACGUGCGAAACCCCACGUGCCCGUCGCCCCGCCCACCUCAGAGGCCACACCUUAUUCCGCGGGGGCUGACGGGAGCUGACAAUCCCGGCGGCCUCUGCGCAAGUGCGCUCCCAGGCGGGUUCGUCGCUCUCGGCUGGCGCUCGCUGGCAUGGUCUCACCCGGUCCAGAUCUCGCUGACGAAAUCCGCGUCCAACGCGGCCGCGGAGGCUGCGGGGAUGCCAGAUCUGAAGCUAUCACAGCUUUGUGACAGUGGAAGGUCAGGACCAAGCUUCAGCAGAGAGGUGAGAGGGGCAGUGUCAUUCAAGAAUGUGACUGUGGGCUUCACCCAGGAGGAAUGGCAGUACCUGGACCCUUCUCAGACGACGCUGUACAGGCAUGUGAUGCUAGAGAACUAUAGCCACCUUGUCUCCGCGGGGUUUUGCAUUACCAAGCCAGAGGUGGUUUUUAGGUUAGAGCAAGGAGAGGAACCUUGGAUGUUAAAAGAAGAAUCCUCCAGCCAGAGCCACCCAGAAUUCUGCAUAGUUGACCAGAUGGAGAAGAGCCAGGAAAACCAAGUCCAGCAUUUGUGGAAAAUUUAUUUCAUCAACAAAAACACUAAGGAGAGAAAUAGUACAUUAGGAAAAGCAUUUUAUCUUGACACAGACCCUGUUUCAGUGAGAAAAAGAACCUAA